AUGAUAUGGUGUUCGCGAUAUCGAAAUCUUCGCAAUGACAUGCGCAACGAGCUAGCCUUCCUGCAGAAGAUCGCGGGGUCGUCAAUGGAUGAGGAGAAGGCCCGACACUACAUCGUGUCUUCGAAUCUUCUCUACUAUGAGGCACUAUGGGGCGCAGCAAAGCGCUCUAUGGGAAUCCAAAGCUUCCGCAAAUACUUCUUCUGGGACCGACACAAAGCACCAGCAGGAAAGAGCACAGCAAAAGGAGUCAGCCUGGCAAAAGGAAGCCAAGCAAAGAACAAGACCUCUGCCCUCGUUGAUAUCGUUGCAGAAGAGGGCGCAGAGUGGAUACGCGUAUCAACCGUCUCCGAGAAGCGUAUUCUAUUCGAUCUUGCGAAGUUGGGUUGGGUAAACGACUCGGACUCUGAAGACGAUGAAGAUAUGCCGCCUCCACCGGAAGAUGACGAUGACGAUGAAGACCAAAUCGACGUGGUGCGCAACGCGCGAGGUCUUGCAAGAGCUGCGCGUGCAAAUCCUAUUCGCGGUCGACCGCCCAAGGUACGCUUCGUCCUGACACGGAUCUCUGCUGGGAAAACACCAGCUAUCGACAUGAUUAUCAACAAGAUACGCGCUACGGGUGCGAUAGUACAAUGCGGAGACGACAUACCGCCAGCUCUCUCUAUAGACGCUGUUCUACCGCGCCUUCUUAUCGAUAGGUCCCGGGCCCUUAGCGAUACAUUAAACAUCGACUGCACUAUCCUACUAGCCCUCAUAUCCGAUAUCUCCCACAAACCAUGCCCAGUACUUGACUGGUAUCCAGGCGAAGUGCGCGCCCAGAUCGAAGAGGAGGCUCAAGAGCAUCUUCUACCGACACAUCUAUACCCUGCCAUCGGCGCGCAUCCCAUGGUGUGCACGCGCGAAGCAGCCGAGCAGAUGAACCUGAUAGUGCAGACUCUAGCAACUGACACGGAGAAGACAAGAGCGGACCUGCUACUCCGACAAGGAGACUGCGAGUCGUGGUCACAGCAACAACUAGUCGAAGAAUGGGUACGUCCUCUCCCAUCACCACCAAACAACCCAGCACUAACACCCACCAGGCCGCACUCUCAGACUACCCCCCACCCCCCUCCUUCACCCUCCCCAUAA